CACCAACACCAACAAACAAAAGAGACCAAUUGCAAGAAUGUUCGGUCAGCAAGCAGCUCAAUCGUCGGCGAGUCCGUUUUCUUUCGGUUCUACACCAGCUGCGGGAAGUACGGCCAAUGCUACCCCGAGCUUCGGGGCUGCUCCAGGGACCACACGGCCGACAAUGGCUGGUGCAAUGGGGUUCAAUGGAACUGCGCAGGCCGGUGCUGGUACGAAUAUGUUUGGAGGAAGAUCGGAUAUGCCGACCUUGUCGUUCGGUGGUGCCCAGGCUCAGCAGCAGCACUUCGGUAGCACGCAGCCUCAACAGACAGGCUUUGCAACCGCUCAGACUCAGCAGCCAGCAGCGGGAGCUUUUGGCGGUGGACAAUUUGGACAGACACAGGCUCAGCAGCCAGCGUUCGGAGGUUUGAGUGCUGGAUUGUUUGGGCAGUCGCAGACUCAGCAGUCUGCAACUGGAGGCCUUGGUGGCGGACUGUUCGGACAAACUCAGACACCGGUGGUAGGCACUCAGUCGAUGGGAUUCGGAGGGUUCGGAGGACAGCAGCAGCAGCAGCAGAUGCCCCAAAUGCAACAGCAAAACGCCUCUAAUAUCACAUUGAACACUCGAUACUCCGAUCUUCCCCCCGAUGCCCAAAAGCUUCUUGACGAAAUGGACAAAUUCAUCGCCACCCAGACCAUGUUGGCGGACGACUUGUCCGCUCGUCUCCCUACCCAGAAUACUAGCAUUUCCACCAUCUUGAACGACGUCCAGGAAGUUAACCGCAAACUUCGCACGACACAAUCGUUCCUCUCAACCGACCAAACCUCUCUCCGCGCCCUCCGAGAAGUCGUGGACAACGACUCCAACAACGCCCGAGUCGCAACCCGCCUCGUUGAUGGCCUCCGAACAGGCGGUAUUCCCCGUUCUGCAGAACCCAUGAUCCAAUAUUUCGCCGAACAAGCUACAGAGAUGGAGUACAGACUCCAAGGCUACGCAGGCGUUAUCCAGGAAAUCGGAAGACAUUUGGAGACGGUGGAGUACACGCAUGAAGGGAAUAAGAAGGGAGAGGUGUUGUUGGGUGCAUUGAGGGAGCAGCAGAGUAGCUUUAUGAAUUUGAGUGCGGGAGUUGCGGAUGUGCAUAAUGAGAUUAGGGCACUGGAGAGCAACAGGACGGGAGCAUAA